CUUCCUCUUCACACCCUCUCACCAUCUCUCUCUCUCUCUCUCUCUCUCUCUCUCUUUCUCGAAGAAAAGGAAGAGAAGAAAAGAAAAUAAAGCUGGAAAUCAAAGAAGUAAAAUUGAAGAGAUGGGGUUACAGAGCCAGCUGAACGACGUCUCAUCGGAUUCGAUCCCACUACUACUUGUGGCGCUCAUCGCCAACUGCGUCGCCUACCUCCGCUCCUUGCUCUUAGGCCUUCUCCACACGCUGGGCCUGUCCAGAUUCGACCCGAACCGAGUCGACGACGGUCUACUGAGCGCAGUCGGGUCGGGCCUGGCCGGCCUCAUCGCCUUGGCGGAUCAGCUCAACAACAACCAGGCGUUUUCAUACGAGUACGCCGCUAGCGAGGAUGGUCUUGGGCCGGCCACCGACCCUAUGGACCGGCCCAUCUGCGUGGUCUGCAGAAGCGCGCUGAGGGAUGGGGACCAUGUGCGCAGGCUGCCCUGCCGCCACGUGUUCCACAAGGAGUGCUUCGAUGGCUGGCUUGACCACCUCAAGUUUAAUUGCCCUCUCUGUCGGUCGCCCCUGGUGUCUGACGAGCGCGUGGGUCUCGUGAGCCGGCGCGUGGGGGCUGACCUCCUCUCUUGGUUCUCUUUGCGGUGAUGAUGCCUGGUAAACACCGACUAUGAAAGUCCGAUAGUGAUGAUAAUAAUGAUGCCACCUCUGAUUAUGAUGAUAAAGGGUGGUUUUUUUUUUUCCAAAAAAAAAAAAAAAAGAAUUUUAGAGUAUUAUUUUGGAGAGUCGGUGGCAGUUUUGAACGUAGAUUGCUUUUUUCCUUUGGUUGUUUUUUGAAGAGCCCUCGAGGGUUCUUUUUAACUGCUGUACAUUUUCCACGUUUUUAGUGGUUAUAAUAAGGAUGGGGGUUCGCGCUGUAA